AUGGCGAGCCGACGCUGUGAAACCACCGACCACCUACGAGCUGUCAUUGUCCUUUCACGCACCACCUACGCACAAAACCCAGACGAGAAGGAAGCAAACGCCGAGCACAACAAAGGCACAUACGAAUUCAUCAUCCGACACAUCCACGCUGAAUUGACACAUCACAAAUGUGCCCCUCCUCCGUCCGGUGGCCGUGCCCCUGACCCCGCCCCAGCAGCCCAGUCCACAAGCUCUGCCUCCUCUGGAGCCGAGAUCCAGCUGCUUCCACUACCCUCCCCAUGUGCUGCGGCCUCGGAAUUUGUAAACAUCAACCUCAGCCGCGUCCGACUCGAAGCCAACAUCGAGGAACUCGCUAAUCGUGGCAACGACGAGCUCGUGAACCUUCGCUCCGCUCUUGACUCCUACGAAGCCGAACCGAACGCGCCAAAAAGCCAUGUCAUCCUCGCGAUCUACGAGAAGAAAGGCCUCGGUACCAACAUGAUGGGCAUCAAGGACUUCUUCAGCCGAUAUAAGCGCCUCACAAUUACGCUGGUCAUUCUCGAAGAAGUGCGAAAUCAAUGGGACUACACCUACCGCUGCUAUCUCAUGCACAAACUCCUGCGCUCGACAGAGUUGCCACACCCGGACAAGUACCUGGACCUGCUCGAAGAUAUGUGUGUGCUGGCCUUGGAGAGAAAGAAGGAUACGGACACGCUCGCGGAGCUGGUGGCGCGGCUUGGUGCUCCUCCUCCCACGGCCCCAUGGCAGAUCGCACGAGACCAAGAGAGGGAGGAGGUCGCUCAGUGGUGGCAUGACUUUGAGAACAUGGUAGCGCGCGACCAGAAUUUGCAGGAUCGCUAA